AUGGUCAUGUACUACGUCAACAAUAUCAAUAUAAGUAACAAUGACAAUGACAAUAAAAAUGGCAAUAACAAUGACAAUAUCAAUAACAAUGACAAUAACAAUGAAAAUAACAAUAACAAUGACAAUAUCAAUAACAAUGACAAUAACAAUGAAAAUAAUAAUAACAAUGACAAUAACAAUAACAAUGACAAUAACAAUGUCAAUGACAAUAACAAUAUAAAUAACAAUGAUAAUAACAAUGAAAAUAACAAUAACAAUGACAAUGUCAAUGACAAUAACAAUAUAAAUAAUAAUGAAAAUAAUAAUAUCAAUAACAAUGACAAUAACAAUGAAAAUAACAAUAACAAUGACAAUAUCAAUAACAAUGACAAUAACAAUGAAAAUAAUAAUAACAAUGACAAUAACAAUGACAAUAACAAUGUCAAUGACAAUAACAAUAUAAAUAACAAUGAUAAUAACAAUGAAAAUAACAAUAACAAUGACAAUGUCAAUGACAAUAACAAUAUAAAUAAUAAUGAAAAUAAUAAUAACAAUGACAAUAACAAUGUCAAUUACAAUAACAAUGACAAUAACAAUGAAAAUAACAAUAACAAUGACAAUAUCAAUAACAAUGACAAUAACAAUGAAAAUAACAAUAACAAUGACAAUAUCAAUAACAAUGACAAUAACAAUGAAAAUAAUAAUAACAAUGACAAUAACAAUGACAAUAACAAUGUCAAUGACAAUAACAAUAUAAAUAACAAUGAUAAUAACAAUGAAAAUAACAAUGACAAUGUCAAUGACAAUAACAAUAUAAAUAAUAAUGAAAAUAAUAAUAACAAUGACAAUAACAAUGUCAAUUACAAUAACAAUGACAUUAACAAUGAAAAUAACAAUAACAAUGUCAAUAACAAUGUCAAUGACAAUAAUGAUUUAUUCACUGAGAUGAACCAUUCGGAAGAGUCUUCAUCAGAAAGAGAUUCAAGUAAACCCUGCUACAAUUACAAACCAGGGGAGGAUGAUUUGCAAACAAUUGAUUUUGUCCGACAUUACAAUUUGGACGUUUUGGGCAAACAAAAUACAAUGAAGGUUUCCAAGGUCAAAGGAACAAACAGCAUGCAAAUUGCUUACAGAUUGGACAAAGAAGCCGACGUCACGAUACCAACCAGUUAUUUGAAUUAA